UGUGAGCGGACUGUGGAUCAGCGAUCGGUGGGAAAAAGUGGGUCACAGGGAGGUGCGGUCGCAGAGGACGGGAGCGGCGGCGGGAUGUCUUCUACAACCAAAUAUGGUGAUGAAUUCAGCACCAGUACACUGGAUUAUUCCGACUUCCCUUCUCUCUGUGAUAAGAGUGAGGUGCAGAAGAUCAUUAGCAUGCUGCAGCUUUGCAUUUACUCAGUGGUGUUUAUUCUGGGCUUGUUGGGAAAUGGUCUGGUGCUGGCAACGUACAUUCGUCACAAACACCGAAUGGCAAUGAGUGACGUAUACCUGCUGAAUCUGGCCAUUGCCGAUCUCCUGUUCCUCUUCAACCUCCCCUUCCUGGCUGCCAGCUCACAAGUCGGAUGGAUCUUCGGCGGCUUCCUGUGUGUGCUCGUGCAGAUGUUGUACAAAGUGAACCUGUACAGCGGUUUCCUGCUGUUGAUGUGUGUCAGCGUUGACCGGUACUUUGCCAUUGUGUGUGCUACUACCACUCACAGGCUGCGAUCCAGACACCUGCAGUAUAGUCGCCACAUCUGCCUUCUGGUCUGGCUCUCCUCUCUGCUCCUCAGCCUCCCUGAAGUCAUCUACACAAAGGUGGAACACCACUCCACCAGCAUGUGCUUGGUCAUUUUCCCAGAGAGCCUGAGCAGUUGGAUGCGUGUGGCCACUCCAAUGGUACAGAUGUUGCUGGGCUUCCUCCUCCCCUUGCUGGUCAUGACCUUUUGCUACUCCAUUAUCAUCAAGACCCUGUUGCAGGCCCGAAACUUUGAGAAGCACAAGGCCAUCAGGGUGAUUCUGGUGGUGGUGCUGAUCUUUGUCAUAUUCCAGGCCCCCUACAACAUCUUCCUCCUGCUGACCACAGUGAAGACCCUGGGCAGUGGGGGCAUGGUCUGUGAGGAGAGCAAACGCAGGGAUGUGGUCCUGCAGGUCACCAGCUGCCUGGCCUAUACCCGCUGCUGCCUCAACCCCAUUCUCUACGCGUUUGUUGGGGUGAAGUUCAGAAACAACCUGCUGAAGCUGAUACGAUGUCUGGGCUGCCCUUUGCAGAGAUUGGACAUGGUGGCAGUGAGGAGACCCAGCCGAGUCUUCACACUGAUCACUGACACCAGCAGCACUGUCACAGUGUAGAUCUCCCCCUCCCCAUCAUAGCAGCUGAGCAUUCAGUGAGGUUGGAGUCUGGGGUCAGAGAGGCUCAGGGUCAAGGUCAGGGAUCAGGCAUCAUGACAUUGGGGAAGGUGGUGCUCUCCGGUAGGCGUGGACUUUUGGGGUCACAGUUUAAAGGGGCAGCAGUGAGUUCAACAACUGCAAAACAUCACGCCUGUUUUGGUUAGAUAGUAGAGCUAGUGAAGCAAUAAAUGUAUUGUUUUCACUUUCAUUAAACAUUUUUUGUAUUAAUUAAAAUGACAUCCAAAAGGGCAGCCCAACACACAACCAUAGCAGGCCACAAAUCUCUGAAAAUCUGUCCAUUCAGAUGCUACAUACUUGUUAUAUCACUUGUGUGUACUGGGUAGUUCAGAGGCUGUUAGUUAUUAGCGAGCAGGAGCACAGAACAUAAUCAGGAACAGGAACCCAUUCUGCCCUUGAGACUGCCCCACAAUUCAAGAAGAUCAUGACUGAUCCUCUACCACAAGAACCAUGUUCCUGUCCUGAGCCCACGUCUCUGAUUCCUCCGAUAUCCAGAAAUCCAAGUUUUAAAUGAAAUCAGUGACUGAUCCCCCACAUCUCAGUCCUAAAUCAGUCACCCUUUAUUCUGAGACUCUGACCCUGAGUCGAAACUCUCAGCCAAGGGAAAUAUUCUCCCAGCAUCAA